AUGCGGAGGCAUGCCGACAUCUACGUCGUCGGCAUCUCCCAGGGGGGCGAGGAGGCGGAUCGCCUCCUGGCGAGGCGCCUGGCCGGCACCCUGGAACGCGGCGGAUUUAGCUGCGCAGGCGAUCACCAGGCUUGUGAGGACGAGCCGGCCAGGGUCAACAUCGAGGAGACCACUGAAUGUCGUUGCGUCUUCUUCGUCAUAUCACCAGGCGCUCCCGUGGACGCAGCGGUCGUAGCGCAGUUGAAAGGGGCGGCCAGCGCCGGACGAACGACAAGGUGCAUCUAUGAAUCCGGGCCGAGCGCCUGCCAGGACCUUUCUGAGUGGGGCUCCGCCAUCCCGGCAGCCUUCCUCCGGCCAGCUGUGCCCAUCUCUCGCUUCUUUCCGCGGGUUUCGGAGAUUCUCGUUCUCGCCGCCGCACGCGAGGAGCUGCAGCGCGCAGCACCGCGGCAGGUAGAGUCGGAUGGACAAGCAGACUUCAUACGAGGCUUCACGGCAGAUCCUGGCGGGCGCUUCGCCGGGCCUGCACGUGAAUUCCAGUCGCUGAUGGCUGGAAAUGAGGGCCAGGACAGUGCAAACUUCAUACAGCUGGCUGGCUUCCGGUGCGUCCAGUGGCUGCCUGCACAGGAGGUUUUGCUGUCCUGCGGCGCGGAAGAGAGCACCGAGGCCCUGCACAGCCUGCUCGAG